UUCCUUGUCGCUCUCAAAGGUCAGCUGAUCAUUUACUUCAGUUAGGUGGUUAGCAUCCUGUCACGCUCAGGUUAGCACGCACCGCUCCUGUUCGACGCUGUUACACCGAGCAACUUACACUCCCAAAGAUGGCCGACACAAACCAACAAAGUCCACCUCCGCAGCUAGGGCCUGCGCAAUUUUUAAUGAGUAACAAGCUGGAAACCGCAAUGUGGCUUUCACGAUUAUUCACCGUCUACUGCUCCGUAAUGUUUAUUCUACCAAUUUUGGGACCCUAUGCAGCAGCUAACUUCUAUCAGCGAGCCUUGUUAGCGAACGCCCUCACCAGCGCCCUUCGCUUGCAUCAAAGGCUUCCACGCUUUCAGCUGAGCAGAGCUUUCCUGGCCCAGGCUCUGCAGGAGGACAGCUGCCACUACCUGCUCUACUCACUCAUCCUGGUCAACUCCUACCCCAUCACAAUGAGCAUCUUCCCAGUCUUCCUCUUCUCUUUGCUUCAUGCGACCACCUACACAAAGAAAGUCCUGGAUUCUGUGGGCCCCAGCAGCCUGAUGUUCAUCAGAAACCUCCUGGACAAACUCACGACCAACCAGCAGAACAUCCUGAAGUUCAUCGCCUGCAAUGAGAUCUUCCUGAUGCCAGCCACUGUUUUCAUGCUUUUCAGCGGCCAGGGGAGCUUGCUGCUGCCUUUCAUUUACUACCGAUUCCUCACCCUCCGCUACACGUCCAGAAGAAACCCAUACUGCCGCACCUUGUUCACAGAGCUGCGGAUUCUCCUGGAGCACUUCAUCAUGAAGCCCGCCUGCCCCGCCUUCUUCAGGAAGAUGUGCCUCAGCAGUAUCGCCUUCAUCAGCCGCCUCGCACCCACAGGCGUCUGAUCACACUACGUAAAAGUUGUGUUUUCUUUCUGUUUCGUUUCUUUUUUUCCACCAUUUAGGAUGUGACUUGAACUUUGAUGGGGACAGACAUUGCCAUCAACAGAAGGAACUGUUUUUUGAAUGUCAACUUUGCAGCCCGUGCUCCAGCUUCUCUGUAUAUUUGAGGACAGUUGACGAGCAGCCAGUAACGCACUGAAGCCUCAUGGUGAUAUUUCUUUUCCCAUCUCCCUAAUGUGAAGCGGUGGACAUCCCUCACUUUGUGUUCACUCAAUGCAGCACAGUCGACAUCAACUGUGACCUGUAUGUAUUGGCUGUUAUUAUUUUUUCCUUGUGUGUCCUUAUUUAUUCAUGAAAAAUCGCUUAUUCUAUAAUGAAACAUUAACAUUCUGAGAUUAGUAACUUAAAUUAUAAUAUGCUUAUUCAUGAUUAAAAAUAGUCUUUUUUAAUGAUCAAGUGCUCGGGUGGAUGGAGGGCGGGGUUCGUUUGAGUUUUUAUGUGGUCCAAUUUUUAUUUUUUUUUUAUGUGCAAAGCACCUAAUGCUCUUAUUUGUCUAAGUACCUAACUAUUUCUAUCUAUUAAUGCCAUCAACCCUUUCUUUUAACAACUUGCAAAAUCUACGUGGCAUUGAUGUCAAAAUGGGUGAUGAAAUGAGAAACAAGAUAUCUGCUGUAUUGUAGAGACUGUUUUAAGGUACCAGACAUUUUGCUGUAGAUUCAUAUUUAAAAAGAGUUGCACAGCGUCUGUCAUGUUCUGAAUGCAUCCUCACCCUGUUUCUCAGUUUGAAAGCUGUUUUGAAUUUCAGAAUUAUCUGUUGCGAUGUAGUUUUGUUUUGUUUUUUUUUGUUUAAUGCAUGCUCUUGAUUUUAUCUGCCAUGUUAAAUGUGUUUAUUUGCCUACAGACAAACCACAUUUUUAUGACUAGGAUAAGAUGAUCUCUUAAUUAAACCAAUAAAAUAUGAAAGAACAGGAA